GUAUGGCAGUGUGGGGGCAGUGUGGAGGUCCUGCCCUGUUCUCGGAUUGCGCAUAUCGAGCGUGCUCACAAGCCCUACACUCAAGAUCUGACUGCUCAUGUGCGGCGGAAUGCACUGAGGGUGGCCGAGGUGUGGAUGGACGAAUACAAGAACCACGUUUACAUGGCCUGGAACAUUCCUCCACAGGACUCAGGGAUUGACAUAGGGGACCUCACGGAGAGGAAGGCUUUGAGGAACAGACUGCAGUGUAAAUCUUUCAGGUGGUUCUUGGCCAACAUCUACUCUGAGAUGAGAACCUAUAGUGACACCGUUGCUUAUGGUGUGUUAAAGAACAUGCUGAGGAAUGACCUGUGUCUAGACCAGGGGCCUGAUUCAGACAACAUCCCCAUCCUGUACCUCUGUCAUGGGAUGACACCACAGAACGUGUACUACACGAACUCACAUCAGCUACACCUGGGGGUCCUGAGCCCCACCAUCGAUGACGACGACAACAAGUGCCUGGUGGAUGUGAACAGCCGGCCGCGGCUCCUGGAGUGCAGCUACGCCACAGCCAAGCGCAUGAAGCUCGCCUGGCAGUUUACUCAGGUAACGGCUACUCCUGUCUUCUCUCGAGAAUGUAGAUUCACCCUCAGAUGG